ACACUCAAUUGCGUGAUUCUAAUUCAGUCACCAAUAAAAUUUUGCAUUCCUGUCACAUGACACUAUUAUCUUCCAAUACAGAACAUUAAUAUGAUCCAAAAUAUAUAUAUAAACAAACACCGUCAACACGAGUUAUCACUCACUUAAGCCCUAAGAUAAUAAAAUCGAGAGCGAUGACUAAAUCAAAUUCCCAUCUCAGUACAGUCUUGGCACUCGGGGAGGGCACAACCGUCGCACCUCCCCCUCCCGCUCGCCCCCCCCCACUCUUCCUCUCGCUCGGCUUCGGAGGGGUAUGAGAGAAAAAAGGGGAAAAUUAAGACUAACUAAAGACGGCCGGAUAAAUCACAAUCACGUGACGGAGGACUCCUCGACGCGCGACGCAAGAAGCCCGCCGCCAUGUGCACCUCGCCGUUCUCGCCGUCGCUCCCGCCCUCUCGACCGACAACAAAGAACGUACACAAUACGAGGACGCGCGCGCGUGUGUGUGUGUCCUUAAAGGAAGUAACAGGGAUAGGAAAUGAAGCCCGUGGCCGCACCCCCCCCCCCCUUCUCGCCCGGAAGGAUCUUCGCCACACAGAUCCUAGAAAGACAGCAGUAAGAGCACAGCCACAGGUGUUCAGAGGGCACCUGCUGCAGACAGAUGUGUGUCAGUGGGGCGGAUCGUUGGCCUCCCACCCCCAUAGUCUGGUUGCAACACCAACGUCCACCCUAUCCCAGGAGGAAGACGUGACGGCAAAGAAAACAGUAGGAUGUUGUGCAAUAGAAUACUUUAUUAGGUUUGUCUGUCUGUCUAUCUGCCAGAACGCUUACUUCCGUUAAAUUGUCUCAAGUCUUAUGUAAUAACAUUUAACUGAAGCUCUGAUUUCAUUCGGUUAUUUCAAGAAUCUAUUAUUUAGAAAAUGGAACUUGGACUAACUGAGCAAAAACGUAUGUUCUUACUGCCGUGCAAGCCCUAAAAUAAUGUCCGUGUUGAUUAUUCUCCCCCUUUCCCUCUCCCCCUGCCCCUCCUCCCUAGACCCACCUCUCUCGCUCCGCCUCCUAAAGGCAAACAAAAUUUCCUAUUUACGAACCCUUUUCCACCCCUUAAACCCUUCAUCUUGGCACCCCUUCACCCCUUCACCCCCGUCCACCCUUCGCCUGCCCUCCCGUCACGAGACCCUGGCGAGUCCGCCCACAAACAGGCGCUCGAGGCGGUAAGGAUCAUUAGGACACUCGCCUCGGGCCCGUUAUCUCUUGAUUUGUCAGCCAUGGGUCACGGGAACCCCUCGGGUGUCAGGUGUCAUCUCUAGGAGUGAGCCAAGAUUCAGAUGCCAAGUAUGCAUGUAAAAUUCCAAAGUGAUGUAAAAAUAUUUGUUUUAUACGGUAAUACAAAUAGUUAUAUUGUGUGGAUAAGGGUACUUAUAAGCAUGUAUGCAUGUGUGUACACAAAUGUAUUUUUGUAUGUAUGUAUGUAUGUAUUUAUGUAUGUAUAUAUGUAUGUUUGUAUAUGUAUUUAUGUAUGUAUGUAUACA